AUGGAUCCUACAGAAAAGAUCGCGGAAUUGGUGAGUGACUUUACUCGCACCGGGCUCGUUAAACAAUGCGAAUCGCGUGGAUUGUCUACGACCGGUACUAAAGAGGAACUGGCCAAGAUCAUUGUUGAGCACGACGCCAAAGAGGAAGCAAACGUGACAGUGUUUGAGGACACGGAAAGCGAUGAUAAAAUCAACAUACCGAUCAUGAAAGCGGAACAGUGCGUGGAAACGAGAGAUGAUAAGCGCGUAUACUCGUUUCGUGAUGUUGAAGAAGCUAUAGAUGCGUAUGGGGACGAUGUAAAGAAGGACGUGAAGUUAUGGAUUCGCGAGUUUGAGGACAUAGCGAAAAUGGUCAAGUGGACAGAUGAUCAGAAAUUCGUCAUGUGUCGAAAAAAAUUAACGGGGACCGCGCGCAGCUUUAUUCAAACGCAGUUUGAAAUAAAGUCUUAUGCCAUGUUGCGCGAUGCGCUGAUUCGAGAAUUUGGAAAGAUAGUGCGUGCAAGUGACGUGCACAGAGAGUUAGCGGCCAGACGAAAGAAGGAAAAGGAAACUAUGCUCGAAUAUACAUACGCAAUGCAGCGAAUUGCUCAGGCCGUGAAGUUGGACGAAGUGAGUUUGUGUGAGUAUAUUGCGGACGGAGCGACCGCAGACGCAAGGGAACGCGCGUCAUUAUACGAAGCAAAGGAUCUCGACACGUUGAAAAGCAAGCUGGAUUACAUGGAAAGAGCCAACAAAAAAGCAGACGAUAGGAAGAAACAAUCGAAUAAGUCUUUUAGAGCUACAGAAAAGCAUCAUUGUUUCAAUUGUGGUAGUAUCGAACACAAGCUGGCCGAGUGCCCAACCAAAGACAAAGGACCGAAAUGCUUCCAAUGCGGUAUUGUGGGGCAUCGGGCGUCUGAAUGUAAGGACAAAAGAAAUACGGAGAAAAGGGGUCUGAAAUGUUUCGUGUGCGGCACGUUCGGGCACUUAGCGAAAGAGUGUGUGAAGCGAAAUGUAAGAAACGAAAACUCGAACGUUAAUCUAGAGGGUGCGCAGAAAGAUAGCACUAUUGUUAUCGCUAUCGAGAAUAUUGAAUUCAAUGCUCUGUUCGACAGCGGUUGUCUUCCAAAUCUACUGUCGAUCCAGGCGUAUCUAAGAAUUGGGUCUCCAAAACUCUUGCCAACCACGAUGGUUCUUACCGGUUUCGGGGGAAUGACAACAAAAGCAUAUGGAACAGUGAUCGUCAACAUGACGAUCGAUGGUGUUGGGUGUGAGGGUCUAACGUUUCAUGUCGUCCCAGAUCAGACCAUGCCUUAUGAAGCAAUUUUGGGAAGAGCGUCGCUGGAACAUUUUGGUGCUAUUGUGACCACAGAAGGCGUGAAGAUAGUACCAAAAAAAGAAAACAUUGUAAUGACAAUUGAUUCCUCGGAAGGUGAUAUCGAUGUACCACCUCGCUAUUACGAUACCGUGAAAAGUCUAAUCGAUGAAUACGAACCAGUAAAAGACGUAACCAGUGUAGUAGAAAUGAAGAUCAUUGUGGAGGACGAUACUCCGAUACUUACCAAUCCUCGCCGGUUCGCUCCAAAGGAAAAAGAAGUAAUAGAAAACACUGUGUGUGAGUGGUUGAAGGGAAACAUUAUACAAGAAAGUAAUAGUGACUAUGCAAGCCCAGUCGUUCUGGCUCGCAAGAAAGAUGGUUCUAUGAGAGUUUGUGUGGACUACCGAGAAUUAAACCGAAAAGUUAGAAAGGAUUGUUUCCCAAUGCGCAAUAUGGAAGAUCAGAUCGACAAACUUCAAGCGGCGAAGGUAUUCACCACGCUGGAUCUGAAAAACUCGUUUUUCCACGUACCGAUUGAACAAUCGAGUCGGAAGUAUACCGCGUUUGUAACACACACGGGUCAGUACGAGUUCCUGAGGGCACCGUUUGGCUUUUGUAAUAGUCCAGCUGUUUUCG